UUACCCGGAAAAAAAUAAGCCAGUUGGCUUUUUCAGCCAAUCAAUGAAUGCCACAUGCACAAACACAAUAAGAAUAGAAGAGAAAAUGAAACGAAGAUCAAAUUAGGUCAAACAAGGGUUUGUGCUUCGUCUCGUCGUCAAUGGCGGCGAUCUCGUCCUCGGUUUCUCGGCUCUGUCCUCCAACUCCUCUCCACUGGUCCAGAUCUAGUGAUCGGAGCAAUCCCUCUGUUAUCUCGUCCCGGCCAAGGUCCAUCGGCGCGAUCAGAGCCUCAGCGGCGGCGGGGAAGAGGUACAAGGGGACAGUGGCGAAGGAGAAGAAGCUGGCGGAGAUGAUAACGAAGAAGGUGGAGGAGGCGAUGGAGGUAUGCGAAGGAGAUGAAGGGAAAGAGUCCGCCGAGUGUCGCGUGGCGUGGGACGAGGUCGAGGAGGUGAGCCGUGCCAUGGCUUUGCUUCGCCGCCGCGUCGCCUCCGGCGAUGAUCCUCUCGAGGGCUUCUGCAAAGCUAACCCUAACUCCGAUGAAUGCCAGCUUUGCGACGACGACGAAUGAUUUCGGAUUUCGGAUUUCGGAUUCGGAUUUGGAUCCGGAUCCGGUUUUUUAUUUUGAUUUUAUGUAAAUAUUAUAAAUGAAUAAAUGAUUUACAUGGCUUUAUGAA